AAAAGUAUUAAAUUUUGAGCAACAAAAACUAACAAAGUUAACAAACAAUCAUUUUAAACAUGGCAGCCUUUAGGAAUAAGGAAGAAAUUUACAUAAAGUUUAUUGAUCUUUAUGUUAGUGCUGGUUCAAAAGAUAUUUUAAAGAAUGUCUGUGGAGAAAUAAAUCCUGGAGAAGUGUUUGCCAUUAUGGGACCAUCAGGUGCUGGCAAAUCAAGCCUUCUAAACUUACUUGCUGGCAGAAAAAUAAAAGGAGUUUUGAGCGGUGGUGUGGUUUUAAUUAAUGGAGAGAACUGUUCAAAGCUGCUUCGAAGAAAAAUUGGAUAUGUAAUGCAAGAAGACAUCUUUUUUCCAAAUCUUACUAUCAGGCAAACUUUAGAAUUUGUAGGUAAAAUCAGACUCCCUGACAGCAUGAAGUGGUCUGAAAAACUUGCUGUUGUUGACAAAGUGAUUGACGAUCUUGGUCUACGUAAAUGUGAAAACACUGUGAUAGGUGACAGUUACAAUCCGCAUGGAUGUUCAGGGGGUGAAAGAAAACGUUGCAGUAUUGCUGUAGAGCUUAUUACCAAUCCCGCAUGCAUAAUUUUAGAUGAGCCAACUACUGGUUUAGAUUCUUCUACAGCAUUCAAUCUUAUAAAAACUCUUAAAAAUCUUGCUUUAAAAGAAAAACAUGCCAUUUGUGUAACCAUUCACCAACCUUCUAGUCAAGUGUUUCACAUGUUUGACAAACUGAUGUUGCUAUGCAAUGGAACGGUAAUGUUUUUUGGGAAAAAUGCAAAUGUUUUGCCUUUUUUUGAAUCGAUUGGAUUGCCUGUAUACCCUAAUUGGAAUCCUGCUGAUUUUUUUAUUGAGAAACUCAAAAAAACUGAUGUUCAAGCAAAAAUGAUUGAAAGAUUCAAAAUGUUCCAAAGCAACAUGGUUCAAGAAAGUAAUUGUGUGGUAACAGAAAUUAUUCUUAAUGCAUUUGAAAAUAAUGCUAGUGAUGAAUGCAAAGUUGUAGACAUUCAAGUAGAUAAUCAAACACAGGCAAUUAGAAAGCAUUCUAAAAUUGAAAUCGUUAGAAAUAAAUGGCCAACUUCAUACCAGACUCAAGUAUUGGCCUUGUGGAACCGAUCAUUUGUUCAAUCAAAAGGAGAUGUUUUUAAUGCAAUUUACUUUACACAGGCAAUUCUAGCUUGUUUAAUUACUGGACUAUUGUGGUUUAAUACACCUUAUGAUGCAGAUUCUAGUGUUGAUCGUGAAGGAUCGAUUUUUUUUGUGAUGACUUACUUGUUCAUAGAUGUGGCAUUUGGAACUAUAUUUUCAUUUCCUUUUGAGAAUAAAGUGAUUGCAAAAGAAAGGGCAGCAGGAAUGUAUCAUUUAUCUGCGUUUUACACUGUAAAAAAUACAGUUGAUUUAUCUAUCCUUGUUGUACCUCAAUUAAUGAUAUACACAAUAACAUACUGGGUGAUUGGGCUGAAUCGUUCCCCAAUUUUCUUGCUCGGCUUACUAAAUGUAUUUUUAAUGACAGCUGUAUCUCAGUCUGUAGGGCUUAUCAUUGGUGGCAGCGUUAAAAGUCUUCAUAAAUGUAUUCUUUUUUUUGUUAUAAUUUCCAUUGGUGGACAACCGCUGGCAGGUUUUUUUACAAAGAAGUUGCCUACAUGGCUUUCAUGGAUUCGAUAUAUUUCUGUUUACACCUACUUUUACAAUGUUUUUAUAAGAAUGGAGUUUGAAUACGCACAGAAAGUUUUUAAGUGCACUACAGAUUCUGAAUACCGCGAAUGCUUCUACAACAACCGAACUAAUAUUACUGGUCCAGAAUUGCUAUCUUACAUAGAUCCCAUUCCUUUAAAUAUUCCACAAACGAUAGGUUUUAUAAUAUUUUUGACUUUUUUCCUUCGAGUAGUAUUUUACUACGUGCUAAAAUAUUGCCAAAAAACAAAAUAAACUCUUUUUAUAAAAAAAGUUGUAAACAUACGCAAAUGUGAGUUAUAAAUGUUUAUAAGGAUUUCAAAGUCAGGUGUUGGAUUUUUUUCGGUUUUGCUUUUUCUAACGAAAUUCUUCUAGCUAAUGGUGAUAAAAAGAGUCUCCGUCUACAAGAUAUGAUAAUUUAAUUAUUUUUUGUAUUUUUUUGGUUAAAUAUAUAGUAUUGAAAUUAUUACAAAAAUUUCAUAAACUAUUUUUAUUUAACUUAAAUAAAAACAAAAAAGUUACAAUAAAA